AUGGAACCUCGAGUAACUAGAGGAGAGAUGGUAUUGGCAGAGAAUGCUAGAAUACAAAUAAGAAUUUACGAAUUGCAACAACAGAUUUGUGCUUUAAAUGCUGACAGAGAUGAAUUGGUUCAAGAAAAUACACGUUUAAGAAAUGGAAAUCAAGAACUUGAAACUGAUAAUAAUCAGAUUCAUGCAGCAAAUAAGAAUCUAAUGCAAUUGAAUGAUGCGUUAAAAAUUGUUUUGAGAGACAUUGAAGAUAAACGUGACCAUUAUCGUGCAGCAAAUAUCAAGGAGUUUGAAGAUUUUAUUUCGAAUUAUAUUUUUGGCUUAUUUAACAAUAUUGGAAUAUUGUUUCGAUUCGAUAAUCAAUACACAACAAAUAUU